AGUGUUGAUUUAAUGAAUAUGCAAUUGGUUCCUUUAUGAGAUCUUUUCUUGUAAUAUGAAUCCAGUUGUAAUGCCUAAAUGUUUAAAAAUAACUAUUUUUUAAUUGGAAGGCAAUAUUUCCUUACAAGUAAUAACCCAGCAAACACACCUAGAUUGGGCCAAGCUUGGUGCAUCCUUGGUCAGCCUUGGUACCAAUAUUGGCUCUUCCUUGGUCUUUUCAUUGGAUCUUCAUUGGAGGUGAUAGUUGGGCCAUGCUUGGCCCAAGAUUGGGCAAAUCUUGGUCGAAUCUUGGCACCAAGGUAUCACCCAUCUUAUCCCAAUCUUGGGCCAGUCUUGGGCCAUUCGUGUGUUGCCCAAAGAUGCCCCACAUUCAACCAAUAAUGCCCCAAUGAUGUUUUUGGUGGUAUAUUAGCCCUAUUUUGCUGCAGUGUUGUAGCUGAAGACAGCUUGGUUUGAUACAUUUAAAACAUUGUCAUUUGUUUUGGUCUGUAAAACGUCCUUCAGUUGACAAGUCAUUAGAGCAAGACUAACAGUAGCUAUAUUUACUUGCAAGUUGUUCUAUAUUAUCAAAAACCAUAUUAAGAUACAUUAUUUAUUUCCUAUCAUAACCAGCAGACACACAAUUUUCUUAUCACGAUUUAACCAGGAGAACACAGUGAAUAUGAAUAAUAGCCAUUUUAUUUCUACUUACUGUCGAUAAAGAUUUUUAAAAAAUGCACCAACAUAAAAUAUACACCAAUACUAAAUGUAAACACCCCUCUCAAAAGAUCUAUAAAUGAAUAAACAUAAAAUUUUAUCAAGUUAUCAAUAUUAUUUACAAAUGCCCCUCCAAAAGGCCAUAAAACACCCAAGUAUAAAACUCAUACACAUAAUAUAUACAAGCACCCCUCCCAAAAUGAAAUCAAGAUGAAGUGUUCGACACACUUUGUUGCUUUUUUCCCUCCCUCCACUUGCAGCCUCCAUCACAGUCACCUGAUAUGGCCAGCCAUUCCCCUAUAUACUUGUCCAAAGUGGCCAUUGUGACAUUGUUGUAUCGUUUCAGUAUAGGCUCUGGAUAGAAAGAAAGAGAAAAAAAAAAGCAAUUUCAUGUGAGUUGAAAAGAAAUAGGUGUUAACUUUCCAAAAAGGCGUACAAUAUCCACUAAGAAAUUAUCUUUGCAAUUACAUUAGUCUUAACAUUAUUUGCUUAGGAGAAAAUUGUGUAUUAUUGCUGGUGGCAUAGUGUCAAAGGCAUGAUUUAUUUUAAAAAUAUGGACUUUUUUGCAGCAACUAAUGUAAAUCAAAGACUAGUGUCUUGGAAGUUGCAGGAACAAAGGGCUCUUAAAAUGGUGCCAAAUUAAAAUUAGUGACAAGCUGGGUGUUAAGGGCAUCCUUUGUGAUUGGAAAGGUUUUUGUUAGAGGACAGAGACAGCAGAGAUGAAGAACCUCAGGACUGGUGUCCAGAUUCAGUCAGACACUACUUUAACAAUAAAAGAAGAAAAAAUCCAAUGAAAUCGUAGAUGAAGAGGGAGCUAUGUCUGCCAUAAACAAUCAAGUGCAGGUCUCAUGUAUGCGCAGCAUCAAGACUGAACCGAGGUCUGUAGGUGAUCUACAAGAAGACCUAAAGGAUAAUGUAAUACUUAAGACAGAAAGCGCAUUUUGUUCUGAUACAGAUAUGACAUAUUGCUCACCAAUUAGCUGUAUGCAGGUUGAAAACAUUUCUGCUCCAGCUUACAUAAAACCUGAUCAUGCUUGGAAUAUUCCUGAAUCAAACUGGAAACAUGAGGAUGCUGUAAAACUGGAGCUUAAUCCUCAAGAUUCCUAUUGUAUUAAAACUGAGCAAGUUCCUGGUGAAAAACUUCGUCCCAUAAAAGCCGAGAGUGCUGCACACAUUGAGCAGUCAGAUUGCAGUCAUGAGAAUGCUGUGAAAGUGGAGUACCACUGCCAAGAUGUCACCUGUUCGAUUAAGACUGAGCAGGAUCCUGUGCAGUGUGCAAAGACAGAGGAGCAGCUUGUAUUUAAGCAAGAACAAGAUCAUACUCACAUGGUGAAGACUGAGACAGGGUGGCCUGGUCCGCAUGCAGAGACUGUUGCGGAAGUAACCAUUGAUACAGCAACAGAAAUCCAGAAGAAACAAGUGAUGAUCCAUUCUGAUUUAAAAGAUUACAGUUGCACUUCAUGUAGCGUUGUAGUAUGUCAAGAUCAUACUCACAUGGUGAAGACUGAGACAGGGUGGCCUGGUCAGUAUGCAAUGUGGCAUGAGAAUUGUCAAGAAAUGAGUGUUGCUAGAUGCAUAACUCCUGAGGUGACAGAUAUUAUGAGAGAAAAUCAACAUCAGACUACGCCAACUGUUACUGAAGUCCCCAUUAAUGCAGAAACAGAAAUCCACAAGAAACAAAUGAUGAUCCACUCUGUUUUGAAAGCUUACGGUUGUAGUCCAUGUAGCGUUCUGUUAGAAAGAAUAGAUACUUUAAAAGAGCAGAAGGAAGCUAACAGUAAUAAGAGAUCUCACCACAGUGUUGAAAGACCUCACAAGUGUAAUGUAUGUGAUGCAGCUUUUAAAACAUUAGAUGUUUUAAAAAAGCACAUGUUGACCCACAGUAAUGUUAGACCUCACCAGUGUACUUUAUGUCCUUUAGCUUGCAAAAGAUUAGACCAUUUAAAACAGCACAUGUUGACCCACAGUAAUGUUAGAACUCACCAGUGCAGUAUAUGUAAUAAGGCUUUCCUGUGGCCAAGUAAUUUAAAAGAACAUAUGGUGACCCACAGGGAUGAGAGACCUCACCAGUGCAGUAUAUGUAAUGGGGCUUUCAAGUUGUCAGGUAAUUUAAAAAAACAUAUGGGGACCCACAAGGAUGAGAGACCUCACCAGUGCAGUAUAUGUAAUAGUGCUUUCAAGUUGUCAAUUUAUUUAAAAAAGCAUAUGGUGACCCACAAGGAUGAGAGACCUCACCAGUGCAGUAUAUGCAAUAGGGCUUUCAAGUUGUCACGUUAUUUAAAAGUACAUAUGCUGAACCACAGUGAUGAGAGACCUCACCAGUGUUGUGUGUGUCAUUUAGCCUUCAAAACAACUGGUAGUCUAAAACAGCACAUGGUGAAUCACUGGGAUGUGAAACCUUGCCCGUGCAGGGUUUGUAGGAAAAUGUUUAGGCGGCCAUUUGAUUUAAAAAUGCACAUGCGUACCCACAGGGAUGUGACCUCACCAGUGCCAUCUGAGUAGACCUAGUUCCAAGCAGAGGGCAGUUUUAAACACGUGAUAAUUAACAGGGAUGUGAUUAAUGCAGUGUAUAUGAACAACCACGUGGUAUGCUAUCAAUGAGAGAGACCUUAUGAGUAAUGUACUUAAAGCUUUUUUUCUUUUUCUUUUUUUUUUUUUUUUUUUUUUUUUUUUUUUUUUUUGAGGUUCCAUGACCAUUAAAACUGUCUUAUAUAAGUUUGUCUCUGAAUGAUUCAUACUGACAUUUAGACAUAAUGUAAAGCUUUUUUUUGUUUUGAGGCUCCAUGACCAUUUAAAACAGUGCAUUCUUAUAUAAGGUUGUCUGUGAAUGACACAUACUGACAUUAACACAUACUCAUUCAUGCAUGAAGUGUGUAGUGGUGCUAGUUGGUUUCCUUCCGUUAAGAGGAUCAAAUAAUUUGAAAGAGCCAUUUUAAUCCUCUUUUUCUCAAUGCAGGUUGUUUCUUUGGACAUUUUGUCAGUGCCCUAAAUUUUUUAUACUUUGUAUUAAUCCAUGAUCUAGGAGAGAGGUGAUUUCUCUGCCAGAGAAACAGCUUGUCUUUUCAAAGAACAUGUACUGAUAUUGAUGAGUAUCUUUGUGCUCAGUGUGUACAGCCAAAUCCUAAAAAUGUACAUGAUAAUUCAACAUGUAUCACACUUAGCCCCUUUUUGGCCUAUUUUCUCCCUGCUUUGUAUGAAUUGUCAAAGAUGUCAUGUUUUUUCAAAAACUGAAUGGCACACUAUCAGAAUGGUUCCAAAUUAGAAGAGGAUGCAGGCAGGGUGACCCCAUCUCGCCUUAUUUAUUCAUAGGUGUGUGCACAUCCUCACAAAGCACUGUGAUUUUGGGGAUCUAGUUUCUUAUAGCAAUGCUAGUGUUUCGAAAAAAGGCAGGUUGGGCUCAUGUUCAAUCUAAAUAACAUUUGACUGUACUUGUAAAUGAAUCUUCUUUCGCUGGAUAUUUGUCAAUCAAGCUAGUCAUUUCCAUGAAUAACAGUACAUUCUGUACACAAUGCACUUUGUACAAAUGUAAAAGUGAAUGAAACCUAUAGGGUAAAUUUAAACCUCUCAUGAGCGUGACCUCUGCCUUUUUUCAUUUCCCUUUAGACAUGGUGUUGUUGGGUCUUGUGUAUUACUUCGCAAAAAUCAGUGAUUUGUUUUAAAGUGUACAUACUUUGUGCUGGGGGUGUCUGAAGGUCUGCAUGAUACAUUGCUUGCUUUCCCUUACUCAUGAAUGGUAUGAGGAAGCAAUGUAUAAGCAGAAUUGUUGUCUACAAGACUGCUAUGCAGGUAGAACCUUUUUUUUUGUUGUUGUUGGUUGUUUGUUGGCUAAUCAAAAAAGGUCCUGUACUUCUUUUUUAAAAAGUAUACAAAGAUCUUUAAAUUUCAUCUGGAUAUAACUCAAUAAUUAUAUAACAUGAGAGUUGAUACGAAUGUACAGAUGCUUGCAUCACUAAUUUACAAACAAAAGCUUGCAGAUUUUUUCCCCAGAACAUUGCACAAGUUGAAAUGGCUUACUGUAGCUGAAGAGUUUCAGUGUAACGAAUAUGCUAAGUUUCAUCAUUGACUCCUAAAUAUUGCUGUUCUUGUUCUGUGUGACUACAACCUCUACCCAU